GUAACCGUAACCCUCAUGUCACGAUCCGUGGCCAAUUGCCCCGUGCUAUGCGCCUCUGCGGAGAAAGACGAAGAAGAAGAAGAAGAAGAAGUAGUAGUCUCGCCGCCUCAGAGGACGCCCUUGCACAGAAUGACUCCCUUUUCAGCAGUUUCCAGGCUUCUCAGGAAGAAAUACCUCACCUACUCGAUGGCCGCCUGCAUUACCAUAGGGUUUCUGCCUUUCAUCCAUUUCAGACACAAGGCGGGAACAUUUUCGAACGAUAGGCUACAAAAAGGAAUGGCACAACGCAGUGCCUGCGAUGUCUUUUCAAGCUUCUCUGCGUCCCACGUUCCAAUGCAAGCACGGGACAAUUUCAAGACUGACGGCACCAUUGGCUACAAUGUUCUGGGUCAACAAUAUGUUGGCAAUCAAAAGGAUUAUUGGGAAUCGCCUAUAGAGGCUACUGAAAGUGCUGAGCCAUGCCCUGUGGACGUUCCGUACCUGAUUGGAGUUUUACCAAUCUUGUGGGACGUACCGCCGACAAAGUUGGAACUCAUAUUCUCGGACGUCCAGCCUGGUGGCCGCUGGAUGCCCAAGCACUGCCGAGCACGGCACCGUGUUGCUGUUGUGGUGCCUUACCGAAACAGAAGCCACCACCUACCAGUCUUCCUGCAUCACAUGCAUCAGUUGCUUCGCAAGCAACAUCUUGACUAUGGCAUCUAUAUCGUAGAACAGCUAGGUAACGGCGUCUUCAAUAGGGCCAAGCUCCUUAACAUCGGUUUCGAGCAGGCAUUGCAACUGUACCCCUACGAUUGCUUCAUAUUCCACGACAUCGACCUCAUCGCCGAGACAGACUACAAUCUCUACACUUGUCCAGAUUUUCCCAGACAUAUGUCACCGUGCGUCGACAAAACAAAUUACAGACUUUCCUAUGACACAUUAUUUGGCGGUGUAUCAGCAGUCCGAAGAGAGCACUUCGUGAAAGUCAACGGCUUCUCCAACAUCUACUGGGGUUGGGGAGGAGAAGACGAUGACUUGUCAUCUCGGCUCAGAUACAGCAAGUUAGAACUGCACCGCUACAACUGCACCAUAGGCAGAUAUAGAGCGCUUGUGCACGACCAGGACGACCCAAGUUCCUCGAGAUUCACCAUGCUUCAGAAGUGGGAUAUCCGCCAGCAUAAAGACGGUCUGAACAGUCUCAAGUACAAAGUAGUCGACAUCAUAUUCAGGAAACUCUACACGUUGUUUCGUGUCGACCUAUUGCACAGGCCUCCAGUAUUUUGAGACCGCCUCAUGAAACCUUGCCUGGAAGACGAUGUUUCAUAAAAGAACCUGGUUCAGCA